CAAGCUUCUCCUUCUCCAUCUCCAUCUCUUUUAGAUAUUAAAUGCAGUUCCCUAACUGAAGUAGUACUCUUAUAAAAUAUAUUUCAAUCUCAAAGAUUUCAUCCCAUCCUCACAUUUCAGCUCAUCUUUACUUGUCUUUCUCUGUCGGUACCAUGAGAUCAGAAGGAAACCCUUUGGACCUCAACAACUUUCCCGAUGAUUACCCUAAGCAAGUUACCGAGGACAUAUCUUCAUCUGCUGGAGGGUACAGGAAGAAAAAGAGUAGCGGCGGAAAAGACUAUGAGGUUGCUGGUAAAGUCUAUGAAUGCAGAUUCUGUUCCCUCAAGUUCUGCAAAUCUCAAGCCCUUGGUGGCCACAUGAACCGCCAUCGCCAAGAAAGGGAGACGGAGACUCUGAACAAAGCUCGUCAACUGGUCUUUGGGGCUGAUAGCCUUCCUGUACCUCCUCAUCAUCUAGGUGGGCAAGGAGUAAUUCCUCAUGGAGGUGGUUUGAGCUAUCACCACCAUCAAAUGAGAUCACCACCUGCAUUAUACCCUACACAACCUCCAAGGCUCUACUCUGCUGGAACAGCUGGAUCAUCAUAUCCGUCCAAUUAUCAACACCAUCCAACGGGCAACGAUUGUUACAUGGGUCACGUUCUAACUCCACAUGCAAACCCUAAUUACGCUGGAGAAGGGUCCACUUACACUUGUAUCGGGGCACCAGUAGGUCAAUCAUUUCCUGGCCCUGCUGGAACCGGACGAGGACAAAUGGACUGA